CAUGAGUAGACGCCAGGCUGCUGUAGCUGUGUAUGGUUAUCCCACAUGCUACUGAAGCCACUUUUUGUUAAACGAAUAAGUUGUGAAAUUUAUAAUAUGCCUUCAGUCAUCAUCAGAAUCAGCUGUUUGGCAGUGGCAGUGAAGAUUUGCUGAUGGCGUCACGCUUACAUGUAGCGUAAUCCGACAGGGGGCAGUAUUAACGUAGAAGAAGAAAAAGCAAAACAACAUGGCAGCCUCCGCGGAGCACGUUGAAUCCACAUCCGAAGAAACAGACCCUCCAGAAACUAGUCAAGUUAAAGGUCCAGAAACAAUCAAAGACCUCGGGACGUCCGAUCCGGGACCGGGAGGUUCUGAGCCAGACCAGGAUCCAGAUGAGGCAGAAGACGAGGAGGAAGGCGAGCCGCCCGAACCGAAGAUCCGAGAGACUCCGGAGGACAUCCAGCUGGAGGCGAUCGCUAACACGGUGGCUCUGCACCCGAGCAGGGACAUCUUGGUGUAUGGGGACGUGGACGGGGACGUGUACGCCUUCUCCUAUUCGUGCACAGAGGGGGAGAACCGUGAACUGUGGUCGUCCGGACACCACCUGAAGUCCUGCCGCCAGGUGCGCUUCUCGGCGGACGGGCAGAAGAUAUACAGCGUGUCCCGGGACAAAGCCGUCCACCUGCUGGACAUGGAGCGGGGACAGCUGGUCACACGCAUCCGAGGGGCACACACGACCCCCAUCAACAGUCUGCUACUGGUGGACGAGAACAUCCUGGCGACCGGCGACGAUGGAGGCACCCUGAAGGUGUGGGAUAUGAGGAAGGGAACCUCCAUCAUGGACAUGAAACACCACGAGGAUUACAUCAGUGACAUCGCUGUGGAUCAGGCCAAAAAGAUCCUCCUCACAGCCAGUGGUGAUGGAACUAUGGGCGUCUUCAACAUCAAGAGACGGCGGUUCGAGCUGCUGUCUGAGUACCAGAGUGGCGACCUGACCUCGGUGGCGCUGAUGAAGAGAGGCAAGAAGGUGGUUUGUGGCUCCAGUGAGGGGACCAUCUAUAUCUUCAACUGGAAUGGUUUUGGAGCCACCAGCGACCGCUUCGCCCUCAAGGCCGAGUCUGUGGACUGCAUCCUCCCGAUCACCGACAGCAUCAUGUGCACCGCCUCCAUGGACGGAUACAUCCGAGCCAUCAACCUCCUUCCCAACCGGGUCAUUGGCUGCAUCGGGCAGCACGUCGGCGAACCCAUCGAAGAGAUCACCAAGUCUUGGGAUUCUCGCUUCCUGGUAAGCUGCGCCCACGACCAGCUCAUCAAGUUCUGGGACAUUUCCAGUUUACCAAAAACAACAGUCAGCGAAUACCGUAAGAGGAAGAAGAAGGACGGCCGAAUGAAGUCGCUCACCAAGAAGGCUCUCGGCGACAAUGACUUCUUCUCUGGACUUGUAGAGGAAACGGAGAAGAAGGAGGAAGAACAGGAAGAGGAAGACAGUGACAGUGACAGUGAUUAAAACUUGACUGUGCCUUUGAACUGUUUGGUCUUAUUUAAAUGCACAUGCUCGUUUAGCGGAUGUUUUAAUGAAAGUGUCUGGAGAGGUAAUGCCGGAUUAUUUGGCAGUGGGAAUGGCUCCAGUCACUAAACCAUCAUAGCUCAACAAUGUUGGACUUGUGGAGAUAUUCAGGUUUUUUUCCUCUCAGACGUGGUUUGGGAUACAGAAAAGUCAGAACUAUUUGAAGGCUAGACUGGAUAUUUAUACAUUUUGGCUAAAGUUGUUUUUAUACGGCAAACAGAUGUUGUUUUCUUCUCAAGAAUAUAUAAGAACACUGAUAUUGUGGCCAAAGUAGCAAUAUUAAAGAAACAAGAAAGGUCUGUCAAAAGUAAGAUGUUUUUUACUCGGUAAAAACAACAGUGUGUAUUCUUGUUUCUUGAAAUUAAUCGAAUUCUUUUUCUCCUUUUUUUCUUUUGCUUGACAGUUUCCCCUUAGAAUUAAUGAAGUCUUUUUUUAUUUAAUAAGUAUUUCAGCCUCAAAGUUAGCUUAAAUAUCAAAAAGGGGUUCAGAAUACUCAAAGUUUUAUCGCUUGGCACAUACAAAUCACAUGGUAUUAUAAUACAUGUCCACAUCCCCCAGGGCACGAAGAUGUGAGGGUUAAACAGGACUUUCACUCAGGAAUUUGAGGUUAACUUUGCUGGUUUGUUUUUAUGGUGAAUGUAUUUUUACACCCUGAAGCCUGAACCAUAUGGCAGAUUAUUCUGCCAAUUUGGCCUCUUUGUAAAUUCAGUUAAAUUAAUUUUUCAUUGCUGUUGCACAAGUGCAACGCAUGUUGCUGGACAGUAAGUUAUAAUGCAAAACAUAUCAAUGAAAUGCUCACUUUCAGAUUCCUGCUUACAUUGUACCUCUUGUAUAUCUGGAGACUGUUCCUGAAUAAUAUUUUUAAACCUAUUUUUAUAAGUGAGACAAAAAAUACUCAAGAGCCUCCAAAAUAUCAUGCAAAUAUUUCUUAAUCACACUUCAAUACUUGUCAGUACGCCACACAAGAAUGUAAAUUACAAACGUGUAGGGCCAAAGGGAGAAUCUUUAAAUGGGCAAACCUCUGAUGCCAAUG